GUUUACUUCACACUAACACCAAAUGUGCAUCACUUUAACGGAUCCGUUGGCCAUCAGUUGAUCACCUGGUUUUGGACGUCGACAACGAAGAAGUAGUAGCGGAAGCGAUGGACGACUUUCAGGCGCAUUACUCAUGUGUGAUCACCGGAACAGGUCUGACACAAUCAAUAGUGGCGGCGGCGAUGGCCAGAGUCGGCAAAUCGGUGUUUCAUUGCGACCAAAACCACUUCUACUCACAGGAGUGGCAGUCAAUGAAUUUCACCCAAAUUGUCAAUUGGUGUCACUCAUCGUCAGCGCCCGCGCCGACCGACACGUCCUCUCUUCCCGAUCUCCAUCUGCUCCAAGACGUGGAAGUGUUUCGCAACUGCUUUCGCGGCAAUUAUGUGACAAAUGUUUGUCAGAUAUCGUAUUUGUGUGACGAAGAGUCGGUUGAUAUGACGGCCGCCGCAGCCGUCGUCGCUGUGACGCCGACCGAAGUCAAUGAACCCAUUAUUGACGGCUUAAUAGUGGACGAAGUGGUGCCGCCGCCGGACGUGAGCAACGAUGUAGUGAUGGCCACCGCCACUGUUGAUGAGGACCGACCUAAGAGUUGGUCACUCUAUCAGUUCAAUCUGGAGAGCCGUCAAUUCAAUCUCGAUUUGACGCCACGAUAUGAGAACCAACCGAUCAGUGAAUUCCUUUCGGCACAAAAUUUGUCGUCAAUUCUGCAGAAGUUUAUCUUAAAUGCAAUCGCAAUGACAUCAGAAGACUGUCCCACGAAAGAGGCGCUCAAAUUGAUCCACAACUUCAUUCACAGCGCCGGUAGGUUUGGAAACACACCGUUUCUGUUCACACUCUACGGCACCGGAGAACUACCGCAAGCUUUCUGUCGUCUGUGCGCUGUGUUUGGCGGCACUUAUUGUCUGAAAAAGAAAUGCCAAUCACUUAUUGUCGACCAAAACAACAAAUGCAAUGCUGUGGUGAUCGACGGCCGACGGUUUAACUGUGAUUUCGUGGUCACAGACUAUUCACUCACCGGUUGUGACGAUAAGAGUGGCGGCGAAGCGAACGCUAAAUACAUUUCGCGAGCGAUUCUAAUCAGCGAUCAGUCGAUCAAAAAGGCCGACUCCGAGCACUUGUCACUCCUCCACAUCCCGGCCUCCGAUCAAAACAAGUCGUCAGUGUUUGUGAUAGAAGUCGGUUCGUCGUGUUUGGUCGCUCCCAAAGGCCUUUUUGUUCAGUACUUGUGGUGCGAUUCGUUUGGCGAUAACGCGAAACACGAUUUGAUGCCAAUCGUGAAGAAGUUGUAUAACUUUACGCAAGAAAGUGAUUGCGAAAAACCCAAAGCCCUGUGGAGUGUGUAUUUCAAUCAGAUGUGCUCUAAACCUGAUGUCCAGAAUUUGCCCCAAAAUGUUUACAUAACUACUCCUCCCGUCAAUGAACUCGACUUUGAUUUCGCUAUAAAUGAGUGUAGCUACAAGGGUUUGCUCCUUAAGGAUGGCGCUCGAGGGCUAGGUUUACUCAUUAUAUUUGAUGGUCAGCCCAACGACGUCGAGAUUAACGAACCAAACAAUCAAGUGAUAGCACCGGUAGUUAAUAACGAUCACAAUUCUAAUAAUAUUUAA